UGCGCAUGCGCGGUGUCUCCGGCAGUCGCCCCCGUCUCUGUCCCAGCCCUUUCUCUCAGCUGCCACGUCCGGGCGCCGGGCGGAACCGGGCCGGAGCCAGCGGGGCCCAGGUUCAUGGCGGGACAUCCGAACGUUAAUUUGAAGUGAAGCAGGGAACCUGACCUACAAUCCAGCAAAUCUUUAAGACGGACAAGCAGGCCUGUGGGACAUCUGGAGUCCACCAUGAAUGGACAACUGGACCUAAGUGGGAAGCUGAUUAUCAAAGCUCAGCUGGGGGAGGAUAUCAGGAGAAUUCCUAUUCAUAAUGAAGACAUCACAUAUGAUGAGCUGGUUCUGAUGAUGCAGAGAGUUUUCAGAGGAAAACUUCUGAGCAAUGAUGAAGUCACAAUAAAGUAUAAAGACGAAGAUGGAGAUCUUAUAACGAUUUUUGAUAGCUCAGAUCUUUCCUUUGCAAUUCAGUGCAGUAGGAUACUUAAACUGACGUUAUUUGUUAACGGGCAGCCAAGACCUCUAGAAUCCAGUCAAGUGAAAUAUCUUCGCCGAGAACUGAUAGAGCUUCGUAAUAAAGUGAAUCGCUUGCUGGACUGUUUAGAACCACCUGUUGAACCUGGGCUUUCUACCAGCCUGCCUGAAAAUGAUGCUGUGGAUGGUAGGGAAGAAAAACCUGCUGCUACUGACUCUGUCAAGCCAUCUACUCAAGUCAUAGCAGCUAGUAUGUCUGCUUUUGAUCCAUUAAAAAACCAAGAUGAAAUCAGCAAAAAUGUCAUGUCAGCUUUUGGCCUGACAGAGGAGCAGGUGUCAGGACCACCCAGUGCCCCAGUAGAAGAACGUUCAGGGACACCAGAUAGCAUUGCUUCCUCCUCUUCUGCAGCUCAUCCACCUGGUGUUCAGCCACAGCAGCCAUCCUAUGCAGGAACUCAGCCUCAAACUGGUCAAAUGGAAGGCCAGAUGUAUCAGCAAUACCAACAGGGUGGUUAUCCUGCUCAGCAGCCACAGGCUCAGCCUCCGCAGCAGUAUAGUAUGCAGUAUCCAGCGGGCUACAGUCAGCAGACUGGUCCUCAGCCAGCGCAGCAGUUCCAAGGAUAUAGCCAGCAGGCAUCACAGGCUCCAGCUCCUGGCUUUCCUGGGCAACCCCAGCAAUUGUCUGCUCAAGCUCCUCAGCAGUACCAGGCCAGCAGCUACGCAGCACAGAACUAUACAACACAAGCCUCUCAGCCUGCUAAUUACAGUGUGUCCCCUGCCUCCCAACCUGGAAUGGCUCCAAGCCAGCCAGGCGCUUAUCAGCCAAGGCCAGGGUUUACACCACCCCCAGGAACCACCAUGACUCCCCCUCCAAGUGGGCCCAACCCUUAUGCACGCAACCGUCCACCCUUUAGUCAGGGCUACGCCCAACCAGGACCUGGCUAUCGAUAAAGAAGCUCAGCUGCUGAAUGCCACAGGUACAUACAAGCAGCUGCUAGAUACUAUUCCAUCUUAACAGACUCCAAUACUUUUAAUUGGUACUAAAGUUUCAAAACAGUGAGAAGGCAGAGAGAAAUCUUUAUAUCAGUGUUGCUGUUUAAUAAGUGAAAUAAUUUGCUGGGACAAAAGACCAAAUGAAUCCUUUUCUGCUUUAAAUUGUAUUGGCUUCCUAGUUUAAUUUGGGGUUUUGGAAACACUAUCUAAACGUUUGUAAAGUGUUUAACAUUCUAGCUUGCCUUGUCUGAAGGAUAUUAAAAUGCUAGUUGGAAAUUUAGCUCACUUACCUGGCUUGUUUUUACUAAUAAUAUAAUGUACUAAAUUAGAUCCAUUCUGGACUUAAAGCUAGAUAUUAUGUAUAAAUUGUAACAUUCACACUGAAAGCUAAUAAAAAAGAUUGAAUUCA